GAGAUUGAAAUCCUCUUUAAGAGUUGCAAUGUUUCUGAGGAAGCCCUGGAAAGAGAAAGCAGUAGAAGAAAAAGAAUGAUAGGCUGGGAAGCUUUAUACCUAGAGAGAAUUGUGGUGUGAGGGGCAAGACAAGAGUUAGAAGUCGGGUGGGUAGUAGUGGUGGGAGGCAGUGUACUCAGAGCAUCUUUUAGCUUGGACACCAGCGGUGUAAGGAGGAGACAGCCAAGAGAAGACUGGGAAAAGAGCUUGCGCUCCUCCACCCUCCUCUUUUCUCGCUCCCCUCACAAGGGAGCCGGGAUGGUGCGGUCCAGCCAGCUGUGGAGCUGCUGAGUGAUGCUGCGAGCCCGUGGGUGCCCGGGGCGGCGACAGCAGAGGGGGGAGCUAACAGCUGGAGGAAGAGCAGGCAGGCAGAAGCGCUCUCCCUCCAGGCGGCGGCGGCAGUGGCGACUGAAGACGUGGAGAAGGUGAAGAAGGGAAGAGGGAGAGGACCCAUUCCCCUCCGCUCCAUCUCCCCCAUCCUUUCACUGUCGUGGAUAAAGCUGCGGUACAGACACCCUGUCGCUUGGUUGUCGCUGCCGUCUGCACCUCCUUCCUUUCAGCGGUUGCUGCUGGCAGAGCUGCUGAAGCUAUAAGACUAGGGAGUAGCAACAGCAGCGGUGGCGGCGGCAGCAGCGCCCUGCGGGAGGGGAGAGAUCAGCGGAGCCACUGGCUGCAUUGACUACACAUACUCAGCAGGAGCAGGACAGCAGCAGCGAGUUGGCUGCUGUUCCUUUGCUGCCUGGAUGCUAGAGCUUCCCGGUCAUUCGGCCACGGGCACCCUAAAGGAGGAGGAAGAGGAGGAGGAAGGGUCUGGACAUCGGGGAUAGGAAGAGGAAGGAGAAGAGAAGCAACAAAGCGCUGGCCAUGGCCUCCAACUUUAACGAUAUCGUCAAGCAGGGCUAUGUGAAAAUCCGCAGCAGGAAGCUGGGGAUUUUCAGACGUUGCUGGUUGGUUUUCAAGAAGGCAUCCAGCAAAGGACCCAGGAGGCUUGAAAAAUUUCCAGAUGAAAAGGCAGCUUAUUUCAGAAACUUUCAUAAGGUAACUGAACUGCACAACAUCAAAAACAUAACCAGACUGCCUCGAGAGACCAAGAAGCAUGCAGUGGCAAUUAUCUUUCAUGAUGAAACAUCAAAGACAUUUGCCUGUGAGUCAGAGUUGGAGGCUGAAGAAUGGUGCAAACAUCUUUGCAUGGAGUGUCUAGGAACAAGGUUAAAUGACAUAAGCCUUGGGGAACCUGAUCUGCUGGCUGCAGGAGUGCAGAGGGAACAAAAUGAGCGAUUCAAUGUGUAUCUUAUGCCUACACCAAAUCUCGAUAUUUAUGGAGAAUGCACAAUGCAGAUUACACAUGAAAACAUCUAUCUCUGGGAUAUUCACAAUGCCAAGGUCAAGCUGGUGAUGUGGCCCCUUAGUUCCUUGAGGAGAUAUGGUCGUGAUUCAACUUGGUUCACAUUUGAAUCAGGAAGGAUGUGUGACACAGGAGAAGGACUAUUCACCUUUCAAACAAGGGAAGGGGAAAUGAUAUAUCAGAAGGUACACUCUGCAACCCUGGCGAUAGCAGAACAACAUGAGAGACUAAUGCUAGAGAUGGAGCAAAAGGCCCGGCUUCAAACCAGUCUGACUGAACCAAUGACAUUAUCCAAGUCCAUCUCCCUCCCUCGAAGUGCAUAUUGGCACCACAUCACACGGCAGAAUAGUGUUGGAGAAAUCUACAGUUUACAAGGUCACCGUUUUGGUUCAACAAAGAUGUCCCGGGCACAAACAUUUCCCAGCUACACCUCAGAGCAAAAUGAAGAGCACCAGCAGCAACCCCUGUCGCUGUCUAGCAGCUAUGGAUUUAGCUACAGCUCCAGCCUCAUCCAAUGACACACAGAGAACCACUGUUGACCAGAGAGACAGUCUAGCCUGAAACCUGCCCGUAGGGUCAGGAAACCACUUGUACCCUCUGCAUCCAUGGAAGACCAAUUGCAGUGAAAACUGAGCUGUGUCAGUUCUAGUCCCGAUCACAGUUGAAGGUUAAAAACUGGAGCUCUGCUUCCUAGAGUCAGAGGCUAAGUCUUUUAUUUAUUGAAUUUCUUUGGGGAUCUAUGUUUAAAGAAAUUGAUUUUGAAUUGUCAGAAAAGUCAUUUAAAUAAACAAAACCCUUUUGGUCUGAAGGCGUUAGAAGCCUCCUCUUGGUGGGAUGUUGCCUGGACUGGAGUGUGACCUGUCAGUCAGUCACACUCGGGGUCAGGCACUUUCCACCUACCUCCUUGGCUGAGAUUUCCUAUCUACACACCCGAUGAUAGGAUCUAUCCUUAUAGUGGUGGACCACUUGAGUCACUUCCGUGUUAAAGGUUAUGACAGGAAUCCAAUCAGUGAACACCACAAACAACAUCAAAGCUGUCCAUAUAAAUAUAUCCCAUGGCAAGUAAGAGAACAAGAAAUUUAAAAUACCAUAUUAAGCAGGGCCCCAUAGCUCUAUUCUGUGUGUAUGCGUGUGUGAGUGUGUAUGUAGAAAUAUAGAUAUGGGUAUCAAUCUAUCCAUCUAUAUGUAACAAGUAUAUAUAAAAUGUGUGCUGAGGGUGACAGGAUAUGCUCACUUAAGUUGUUGACAUGUAAUUUGGUACAUUCAAAUUAAGAUUGUUAUGUCAAUAUCUAUUUUUAAAUUAGUGCUGUAAAAAGGCUUCUCAUUAGCAAAAGUAUUUAUGUAAUCAAGUCUGCACUUAAGACAAAUGUAAAUGAAAAAAUGAGAAAGGGGAAUGUUUUUGAACAAGUGGAACAAACCCAGCUGUCCCGUGAUUCACAUUAUCAUUCCCUUUCUGGUUAGUGUUACCCUGGAUUCUGACAUUCUCUGUAACCCUCAUUCCUUGGCUCUCUAUUUGAAGUAUAUUAAUAUUAUAAUCACUGAUCAAUUAUCUACUUAACCUUCAGUGGCAAAACAAUUCAAAAUGAAUCCUUUAGAAGGGAAAAUUUACUUAAGAAUGACCUUGACAAAACCAUUUCAAAAUCAGCCAAAGAACAGACUGAGAAAAUUGUAGUAAAUAUCAAAUAUUUAAAUUUUCAUAAAUGCCAUUUACAGAAUACAGAAUCUCAGUGUUCUAAAGAGAAUAUACUGCUUGAGUUUACCUAUGUGACCAGAUCUGAAGUUAUUUUGUGGGCACAAGGAGUAACUAUGAUUAAAGAGGAGAUUGUUUUAAGGACCAAUUUUUAGGUCCAAUAUUUUGUCUGAUCAAGAUAGCCCAAAGGAAAUAAAAGAAAUUAAUAAUAAAUUAAAAAAACAAAUCCUUUUCUUGAGGCAGCCUGAGAAUUUAAAUCAACAAAAAUUAUCCAUCAAUUGUGUAGUGUUUUCAAGCAAAAAAGGAAAAUUUCUACCUGAAUUAUCUGAAUAUUUGUGACCAUGAUCUAUAACUAACAAUAGACAUAAAAAACUACAAUUGUUUUUAAUCUAUGUAACAAUAGAAUAAUGUAAAUUUAAAUGACUAAUUAAGAACCAUUUUGAUCUGAAAAUAGUAGGUUUGCUAGAAGAUAAUGAUAAGAUCUUUUACUUCUAACCCAAAUCCCCUUUUCAUUACCCUAAUCACAGGCAAAUGAGACACCUUCAGUGAUGAAAUAUUGAUUCAAAAGGGCUGGGGCUAGUCUAAAUCGGCAUUGACCCUUACAAUGACCAAUUGGUAAUCUCUCUGUUUCUCUUAAGAGGGUGAAAGUACCUCUAGAGUAGAAGUUGGUGGCCAUAAUUUCACUGAAGAAAGAAACCUCAUCAGCCUCAAUGGAGAGAUGGGGAACAGCCAUACAUCCCCUUCACCCUAGCAAUGUUGGGAAAUUUGCCAAAAGCAGAGAAGGGCGAAAUGACUGGUACCAAAAGACAGAAGCCUGCCCUGAAAUCCCGCUUUUUAGGGUUGAAACUGCCUUGAAUUUCUUUAGCUCCUGGCAUUUUUUUUUUUUGGAAAUGCCAGAUGUAUGUUAUACCAGAGCAACUUCCAGCUGAGACCAUUUGCGCACAGCUCCUGAUGGAGCCUCAUGCAGAGGGAGAGAGACUGUCUCUCCUUUGGCUCACUCGGUUGAAGCUGUUGCCUAGAGACCACAAGGUCCCACAUGGGACUUAUGGGGGUGGGCCCUCUGCGGGCCUCGUUCAUGUCUCAGCUUUAUUAAUAUGCAGGGUGCACAGACAGCAGCCCAGGGGGUUCUGCUCUUGUGUUGGCUUAUGGGGACCCACAAUACCUGCAAUGAAGUUGUUUAGGAAACAAUAGUAAGAUCUGAUCUUAAGUUAUCAGUGAAACUAACUGAUAGCAAACUAGUAAUGAUCAGGUCUGGUUGGACCAGUUCAUUCUGAAAAGGAAAGGAGAGAGGGGGAGAAAGAGAAAUGGAUAGACACUCGCGCACGCGCACACACACAGAGAAAGAGAGAGAGAGAGAGAGAUUUCCUUCCUCAGUCUUUAACAGAACCUGCACCUUUUAUCAAAAUGAGGAAUAAUGCUAUAAAAUCUCUCCUGUUCUUUUUUUGCAAAUGUAUUUUGGCAUACCUUUACCAGUACACACUCGAUGUAACUGUGGCCAAGAUAAAACUGCAAAGUGAACAGAUAGUAGAAUUUAUAUUAAGGUAAUAUUCUUGACACCAAGUAAUGUGCAUUGUAAUAAAAAUGACAAGCAGAUAAGUUUCAUUUCAGCCACCAAAGAUAAAUGUAGUUGCUGUAUCAAUCACUUGAGACUUCAUAAAACUGAUUCCACUUGGGUCAGCUAGAGCAACUUGUUUGAAACAGUAGAGGAUUUGCUGAAGAUGUCUCUGCCCUUUGCAGAUCAUUUCUCUCCUUUUGAAGACUGAACUGUCCCCCUGAUUUGUAUGUAAAAUUCUCAAAUUGAGGUGGGAGGGGAAUUGACCAAAGAUACUUUCAGCUUCUUUAUUCAUAUGGAUGAAUGGAGAAACAUUGCAAAUAGAUAAAUUAAAAUAAUCAUAGUUUUACUUGUAAGUUAAAGAAAAGAAGGAAAGGUUAAAUCAAUCAAUCAAGAACAGAAAAAUGUAGGAUUUUUUUGAGAAUGGGAUAUAGUGGACUACUUUCAUUUUCAAUGCAUGUGGCUACUUUUUUUUCCUUUUUUGUUUGUUUCCUCCUGCUAAUGCUAAUUGCUAUAACAUGUAUAGAAUUAAUAGCAUAUAUAAACACUAUAUUUAAAAUAAAAGAAAUACAAAAUAACCUUGAUCAAAUAACUAUUAUCCAGGUAGAGGGAAAAGGAGGUCAAUUUUUAAAAUUUUAUUUAAAAUAGGCACUUGAGAAAAAAUCAUUAUGCAAAUUUCAGGUAUUUUUGACUCAAUUCUGGCCACAGCAACAAUGUAUGUUUAAAGUAUUGAAAUUCAUAAAAACUACCUAGAAUAGAAAAGAGAUAAUAUGGCAUAUGUGGAAAAAAUUGGAACUUAGUACCAUAGAGCCUCACCUCUUUGGAUGGAAACUAGUCAGAAGACCUUUCCUUUGUCACAUUCCAUUCAAAUAUAGAUUUCAGUGGAUGCUGGUUUUGAAAAUCCAUUCUAUAAUUUUCAGUUACAAAAGUUUACAUUUGAUAUCCCUCACAGAAAAGAAAAAAUGGAGUGAUAAAAGAAACAUUCACUGUUGAUUGCAGUAGUCUCUAUGGAACUAAUUUGUUGCACACAGUAUCUUCAUGGUUAAUAUUAAAUAUAUUAUCAUAAAUCACAUCAUGUAAGCUGGAGUUUGUCCCAUAAUCUUUACUCAAUAUUUAAAAAAAAUAAAAAACAUUUUGUUCAUCACUAAAAUAUUCUGGCAGUCCCUUUAAAUGAGAAUAAUCAAAAAUGUGCAAGAUAGAAGGAUUCUAGUGAUGAAUUACAAGUCUGGUUUUGGUGGCAAUAGGAAAGUCCUUGCUGUUUCAGUGGGACUGAAGAUUAUUUAGUCCUUUGAUUUAUGUAUUAUUUAAUAUUUCUAAAAAUACCAAAAUGAAAACAGUGUAUAUUUAAGCAACUUUAUCAAGAUGGCCAUGCCCAUUGUUUUGUUUUGUUUUUUAAUAAUUUACCAGUCCAGUACCUACUCUUCUCCUUCUUAUUCCCCAUGUCUUUACAAAGAUAUGCAGUUGGUCAGACAUUAACCUCCACAAGAGAUAUACUGCAUUGGUGAAUCUCUUAAGUACUUACAUACUUUCAUCUCUUUUGGACAUUUCUAAGCUAAGUAAUAUAAUUUAGAAAGAAGAGAUGAUCUAGACUUCACAAUGACCCAGGCAAGAAAAUCAUUAUGUGAUAGGAUUAAGGCUGUUGUGGUUGUUUUUGUUUGUUUGUUUGUUUUCUUGGAUUCUCUGCUGAAAUAUUUGGGGCUAUCCUGUUACACCAUUCUAAUCUCAGCUCUCUGACAAUGAAAUAUCCUUAAUAUUCUGAUCUUGGGAUGGAUUAAAAUGGAAAAAAUAAAAAAAAUGCAGGGAAUCAGCUUUCUACUGUCUGGGAAAAAUGCAAAGGAUUGUUUGUAUCAGACCAAGCAGAGAUGUGUUGUUUUCUCAUGUUCUAGGAAUGAUUUAAGAGGAAGAAUUUGUAACAAAAUUGGCUUGCAGCAGAUCAUAAAGAAAAAGCAAAAUGAGAACUGUAUAUAUAUAAGUUUAUUCACCAUUAUGCAGAUGUAAUGUAUUGGAGGCUAAAUUUCUGAACAGAGGCAUCAACAGACUCAUUAACACAUUCUCUGCAGAUAUAAAUAAGAAGUUAUAGACAGGGCUAGACUUCCAAUGCCUCUCUCAUGGAGCUUCCCCAGACCUCUGUUUCAAAAUUCUAUUUUUGGCAUUUUUACCAUCUUGCCUGUAUCUUUUCUACAGUUAUUAUUGACCGAUACAUUAAGAAGUAUUAUAGUGUUUGUGUAAGUGGAGUGUUUUUUUUUUCUAUAUAUAUUUUACAGUCAGUCAUAGAUUUGUACAGAUAAAAGGGAUACAAUCUCUUCAUUGUACAGAUGGGUAAAAUGAGACCUGAAUAGAAUAACUAAUUUUCCCUAGGUCAUAUAGUUAGUAGUGACAGAGGUAGGUCUAGAACACAUCACCUAGUUCUCAAUGCAAUACUCUUUCUUUCAUUUGGACUGCAGUUAUAUAGCUUCCUAGGCUCCUUUUUAGGAUUUGCUAUAUUCUUUUUUAUCAGCUCCUAAGGAAGGGAGUAACCAAGUGAAUUUUCUGAUUUUUCCUGUUCUAAACUUUACUAAGCUCAUCUCUGAAUAUUUUAAUAGUGUACAUUCCUUACAAUUGUCACUCUGAACUGAAUUGCUUACCACCAUAGUUUUUGCUGUUUUAUUUUUCUUAGAGCCAGCCAUAAACUCUGUAGGCACUGUUAGCUUUUAUAGGAUGUUAAAGAUGUUUACCAAGUUCAGUGUGUGAAGUUAGAAUUUAUUGACCCUGAAUGAUAAUUAAUUUAGAGGAUUUCUAUUUGCUAUGUUCUGUAUUCCGAAAGAUUCAUCACUAUUGUGAUUGUGAUUACUAUUACUGUUUAACCAUCUCUGCAGCACUUUAUGUUGUAAAUACUUUGCAAUCAUUUACACACCACUGCUAGGCAAAUUAGUGACAGUUGUUAAUGUAUAGAAGUGUAAAAUCUGGAAGGCUUUGCAUUAUAAAGAAAAUCGUAUGAUUUUUAUUUUACUUGAAAGUUCCUACUUUUCUGUAUCAUCAAUUUUUUUCUCACAUGCUAUAGAAGCUUUUUAAAAACAUAAUUUAAAUUAAAUUGAGUUGGUUGGUAAAUUUGAUAUUUUUUUUAAAAGCAAUCAAGAACAUUUUAGAUCUAGGUUUUGCUUUCAUGAUUUUCCUACUUCUUUACCUUUUUUGAAACCUUGACCUGUCAUCAACAGUUGAAGGAAAAAUUAGAUUAGUUUGAAAAAGAGGAAUUUCUACUUCUUUCUAAUAUGUUUAUUUAAGUUUACAUUUUAUCUUAUCUUCUUGCCUUAUUUUCAUGGAAGAAAUGCCAAGAGAUUAACCAAAAUUUUAAGUAAAUUUUACUUUUCUGGUUUAUAAAUUUCUCCAGAAAAAAAGAUAUCUUCAUCAAAUUUUAGUAGCUGAUAUAUUCAAGUUCUCACUAAACAUUUCAUUGUUUCAAGACAUGCAAUUCAAUGAGACUUGAAAAUAGACCAAAUUCAUUCAAUUUCUUGACAGUCUUACAUGAGAAACUGCAUCCAUUUCAGUGACAGCUGUUGUGGACAAAUGAAAGUAGAGUGUAAAUACAAUCUAGUUACCAUAUAAAUGUGUCACCAUUUAGGGAUUUUAUUGCUCCCUUGAUUCAACUAAGUUGUCUAUAAAUUUUCACAUAUCCCCUAUUUUAAGAAAAUCUGAUAUAUAGAAAUAUUUUAAAAAGCAAAACACUUAGGGAUAACAAUUUGACAUACAAAAGGAGUAUGCUUGAUUUCUUUAAUUAAAAAAGCAUUUAAUGUGUUUGAGUAUUGCUUGCUGACCAUUAACAUGAAGAUUUGGAGGCAGAGAAAUUUAUAGCUGGAAUAUGAGGAUUUCUUGCCAAUUCAAGCUCAGUUGGAAAGAAGAUAUAUUUUUGGACAAUGGAAGUUAACGAGAAAGCAAAAUGUAAUUUGCAAAAUUUUGUUUGCCACACAUCCUUUCCUGUGUAAAUCAUGGUAAACUUUUGUACAUACUUUUAAUAAUUAAAAAUAAAAACAUAGCCAUAUGUUUCAACGGGAAGGUCCAACUCUCUGAGAAGAGAAUUUAACAUAAUCUUCUGCUUAUAUGCAGUCUGGAACUUGCAACAGUUAACAUAUCACUUCGCCAGUAACAACUGGACCUAUAGCUAUCUCUUAUAACAGACUACAAAAACUUCCUGACUUGAUAUAAUUUGCCUAAUUCUUUCCUGGAAUUCUCCCUGUUUGCCCUUUGCAGCCGUUGCUGUGAUAUCACUAUCUCUUGUCCCAGAUACUCUCCUCCUCUGGAACCAUUUCUUCGUAGCUCUAUCACCCUUUAUCAUAUUCAACUCUCCAGGGAUUUUUUUACAUUAAUUCAAUUAGAAGUUAUAGAAUUGGUUGAUAUGUGUCCCUAUUUAAUUGCUUCAUAAGGGUUUUAGAAAUUUUCAUAUUGGGUAGUACAUGAAUAUGUCUUGUAAUUGAUACAAUAUGUUAUUUAGAUUGAUUUCUGUAAAAACUUGAAUAGCAGGUCCUUGGUUAAGAACACGACUCACUAUUAUGUCAUUGUUUCUUUGGGGAAAUCAGAUAUGAUUUAUAUUAUUUUGAUUAAUAAUAUCAUUUUGCAAGACCAUACCCACUGUAAGUUUGAAGACUAUCAGUAUCUAAAUGUCAUUUGAAACAUAUGGAGUGGAAUGGAACAGAUUUAUGGUCCCAAAGACAAAAAUAAACAUUUCUGGCAAAUAAAGGAAAUCACAUAAGAAGAAGUAAUCACAAAUUAGCAAAUUAAAAAUUUUAAUAUGUUUUGCGUGUGAAUUUUCCCCUUUGCAAAAAUAGGAAGGUGGUGUUAGUUGAAGUCAACUAAUAUCUCUUGAAUUUACAAAGCUUCCAAAUCCAACUCUAUAUCAAAUAAAAUGAAUUCAAUUUCCUAGGUCCAUUUUUGUUAUUCAUAGUCCAUGACCUUUGCAAAAGUUUUAAAAUGCAAAAAAGAAAAAUAUAUAGGUGUAAAAUUUGAAUGAUACUUUUAUGCUUUUAAACAUAUAAGCAUGGGGAAGGUAGACAGAAGAUUCUAUUUAUUCAUGACUUUGCAUGAUUAGCAUUUUGGAUAAUGGAAUUAAUGUUCUUUAAUGUAUGGUUACUUGAUGCAAUUACCAUUGUACAGUAAUGUAACUUUGGUUUGCUUACUUUCUGUUAUCAUGUGGGGAAGUUUCUGUAACUACAUAAUUAAAUAGAAUUCUGACAAUCAUACACUGAUAACCUUUAAAAUGUCACCCAUUACCUCACUUGCUAGCUUGCUAUUUUCAAAUAAAGGUGAAAGUAUGCCCUUUAUUAAAGAUAAGGUUACAAAGAAUUUAUUAUGCAUUUCCAGUAUUUUCUGUAGCCCCAUUUUAUCUUGACUCAUCAUUAUUAGAAUGUUUAAUCUGAAUUAUAUUAUCUUAUGUUUGGAAAAGACUGGACAAAUCAUCCUGUCUAAUGCUUUCCAGAAGCAAGUGGUCAUCCAGGCUGUUUGAAGACCUCUCAUGAAAUGGAAUUCCUCUUUGAAUGAUUCUAAUUGUUUAUAAGUUCUUCCCUAUUUUAUUUUAAUAUGUCUUUUAUUAUACCAACAGCAGUCUGUUUCCUUGCAAUUUGCACCAUUUAAGACACAGCAUAAUAAUUCUGAUCUUCAUUUCAUGUGAAAACUCUUUGUACAUUUAAAUUUGGUCAUCAUCAUCCCACAUCUUCUAUUCUUCAGGAAAACAUCUCCAGUUCCAUCAGCCAAUAUGUUCAUGAAAUGGAAUAGUCUUCAAACCAUCUAGGUCUCCCUUCUCUGCACAUUUUCCAACUUGCUAAUGUGGAAUUUACAUCUGAAAAUAAUAAUCCAGAUGUGGUGUGACAAGAGCAGAGUGCAACAGAAUCAUCACUUCUUUUGUUCAGAAAACAGUAGUCCUGUUACCACACCCCAAUAUUGGAUUAACCUGUAGAACUAUCAUAUUAAACUGAGAAUACAUUCUGAACAUACAUUCUGUAAAAAAGACUCCUAGAUCUUUAUUACAUCAACUUCUACCUUGCCAUCAAAUGUUUAUGCAGUUGAUUUGGAGCAGGGGAGGUGGGAGCACACAGUGCAUUGGUCCCUAUUAUAUUUCUUCCUGCUAGAUUCAAUCCAUAGUUCUAAACUUCAAGGUGCUUUAAAAAAACCUGAAUUCUGUUUUCAUUGUGGUGAUCCCUCCUCAUUUCCCUUCACCUUCAAAUUUUAUAAGUAUGCUAUCCUAAGUAUGCUAUCUUCCUAAAAGCAAUGGAUAAAAUUGUUCCAUGGAAAGUGUCCAAGAACAGGGCAUUGCAACAUACUACUAGAAACGUCUAGUGACAUUUUAUAAUUUUAGAGUAAGAAAGUACUGUACAAUUCAUUUAAUUUAGUAAUUCCCAAUACCAGUGCAUAAAUUGAUGCCAAUGAAUUAUUACCAUUAUGCAAAGCUUUUACUACCAAAGAUUUUUUUUUUCAUUUUUUAAAAAAUUAACUUUAAAACUGACCCUUUUCCUCUCUUUCCUAAAUCUUGGUUUUUCCAUCCUUUAGUCCUUUUUAUCUCUAGAUCUUAACAUUAGAUCCAUGAAGAACCAAGAACUACUGGAUGGAGGCUGCAAAGGUCAAAGCAAUUCAUGUUAAGGAGUUUAGGUAUUCUCAUGAUCAUGUGGAAACUUUGAAUUGUGAAAUGUUGAUCUAGUAACACUGUUCUUAUAGGUGAGGAAGUUGAAACCCAAGCAAAGUGAUUUACAUAGUUGUGAUCACAUAGUAAAUGACAAAGCCAGAAUCAGACUCCAAAUCUCAUGAUUUCUACCCCUCUAAAAACCAAAGAAUAUUUCCAGAAUAUAGUUUUGUAGCAGUCAAAGAUUUAGCCUCGAAGAUCAACAAGAGAGAGCCAAGUUAAACAGUGACCCUACACCCUACAGUACUCUUCCCUUAGAAACACUCUUAAGAGUGUGAGUAGCUCUUUUUUUUUUUUUAGUAGAUUGAAGGGCUGAGAGUUUGGUUGGUCUUUCCUCCUUUCAGAAGGUCUUUAUCUUGGAAUUUUAAAAGAGCAAGAAUCUCUUGUUAACAAAUGAGAAAUCAAAAGACAGUAUUUCAUAGUGAAUUCUAAACCAAGGAAAGAAUUGUUAAAUCAAGAAAUAUUCUGCAAAACCAAGGACUACAGUGCCACAGGUAGAGCAACCCGAAGAUAGACAUUUAUGUGUAGACAAUGAAAAAAUUAAACUAUUCAAUUUUAUGCAAUAAAUUUAUGUUUGGUUAUCUUGGUUUUGAUGAUUAUAUCAAUUCUUUUCCAAUGAUAAUCAAAAACUAACCACCAUAUAUUAAGCUAAGGAUUUAGCUUUCCACUUUCCUAGAUCUUUGGUAUUAAGGACCAUAAGGGCUUCUACAUAUUUACAUGAGCCAUAUGUUAAUAUGUGAUAUACUGGAGAUUCUGUUGUUUUGAUGCAUACAAAGUCCAUGUUAAUCCUCAUACAAAAUAGAUGCUUAAUAAAGAACUCAGUCACAGAGUCCACAUGAUGAAUAAUUUUUACCAUAUAAAAUAUAUUAUUAAGUGGUUGAAAGGAUGUCUGAUCUAUCUAAGGAGUUACAUUACAUGGCAGUGGCUAAAUAUGUAUUCAUUUACCUAUGACUUUAGGAAUAUCCAUGUAAUGAAUUUGAAAAUGAAUUUAUCACACAAAAUUUAUCACACAAAAAUUUAUCAUACCACAAAAUGAAAUUAUUAAGUGGGAAGCAGAGAGUCAUUAAAAAACAUUUAGAAAUAAAAGCUACCUUUAUGGAUUGAGAGCUACACCCAGAAACAGGAUGUCUUGGCUUCAAAUUAGACCACAGAUACUUCCUAACUGUGUUAUCCUGGGCAAGUCACUUUAACCCCAUUCCGUAACUCUUACUAUUCUUCUUCCUUAACACCAAUACACAGUAUGGAUUCUAAGAUUGAAGGUAAGGUUUAAAAAAGAAGAAAUCAGUCGACCAAAUUAAGAAGAAUGAAUUAAUAGAUAUAAUAUCUAAUGAAUGACAUUCAUUCAGCAAUAUUAAUCAAGUAUCUGCUACAUGAGAGGCACUACUGUAGGCUGUUAGCCUAGAAGGCAGCUUUACUGAGCCACUUCUUACUUUUUUCUUUUUUUUUUGCUUCAUUUUUGUAGGAGUUUCUGUUUAUGAGAAUAUCUUUCAGUCCACUCACUGCUGAGAUACAUUAUGUUUUUCUUAGAAGGAGGAAAUGGAGAUCACUAGGACUGUAGAGAUGAAAGAGGACAAAAAGAAUCAUCUUGCUGACUUACUAAAUUAUUAUGAGCAUUUUAUAAGGUUGUCUUUAAAGGUUCUAAGUUAUUUCUGCCAUUAAUUAUAAAGUGAAAAUUGUACUAAUAACCAUUGCUACUUCACUCCUUGAAUGAAAAAAAACAUAAAAUAGAUAUUUGAUCACUUGAAUGGAUUUGGCUCUAAUCUUUUAUCACUAAAAAUUAUUGAGCAAAGAUAAAAAGAAUCUAUAAUAUAGCCACAAAACUUGUCCCAGGUGGUUUGAUCUCAUAGAAGACUCACUUUGAAAACUCUGCUAUAUACUUUUGCCACAAUGACACUUCAAUGGAAGUGAAACAGAAAUAUAUCUCCACUUCCCAUGAAUACCUGAAUAUAGAUGACUUUUAAAAAUAGCUUCCCCCCACCCUUCUCUACAAGCCUUCUAAGCCUGGAAAUAAGACAACUAAGGGAAAGGGGGGUUUGUUCUUCUGCAAUAACUUCAGAACAAAGACAAAUGAAGAGAAAUCCCACACAUUCCAAGACUUUGGAAAGGAUGGUUUUAGUUAUGCUGUGAUUUAACCAUUCUUCCUUGAAUGUUAUUUGCCUGAAUGAAUGAAAUUAUUUUUUCCAAUGUUAGAUAAACAUAAAGGAAGGGCAUCAUUGUCUUGUCAAGGAACUAUCCAGAACACUAACCAGAAACAAUUUAUAAACCCUAAUCUACUCAAAUCAGCAGCCACAAUCUUCUCACUCUCAGCAAACAUAUCUUAAAGGUUUCAAGGAAUAUAUUUUUUGAGUGCAACCCUUCAUCUUCUCCAUCCCUGCUUUCCCUACUCCAAAACUGAUAGAGGACAAAAGAUCAAAUACUACACUACAUAAAGAGAAAACUGAAAGCUCCAAAUGGGAAACAGGUCAAACUUGAGUUUACAUCAUUAUCAUGUGGUAAUUAUUUUUAAAUAGAACCAUAAAGUCUUUGAUUAGAGAAAAGGUCUGAUGCUACAAGGUUUUAUUUGUGAUUCUGUGAACAAUUUUGAUUGAUAUGGUAUGACAUCUAAUAACUCAGGAAAAAAACCAACAUUACUUACAUGAAUAUAAUGCAUUUUUUCAUGAAUAUAAUGCAGUUUCAUUCUUCAUAUGACACAUUGGUAUUUACUAAUUCUACAGUAGAUUGGAAUGAGGAUGGGGAAAUGGAUGGUGGACCCCUUGAAAGAUGUAUAGACAUUUAUUGGGGUGUAACCAGACCCCCAAAAAGAUGUUUUCUAAUAUUUGAUAUUGUAAACAGUGGGACUCCUUAAAGAUAUUUUUGAGCUUUUGUUUGGGAUGAGCUUAAUGGUUGGGAAAGGGUUGCUUUCACCUUGACUUCCUCUUUAAUGUAAUUGGAAUGCAUAGCAUUUCCUUGCUGUGACCUCUCCAGGAACCUGAGUCAUCAAUAUACUUACAUAUUUUACAAAAGACCACAAUUAUAAAAGUUAUUUGAUAUGGACAUAUUCCUUUCCUUGAAGCAAAAUUAAAUGUUUUGUUUUGUUUUUUACUAUUUGGUUAAAGUUAAAUCUCUUUUUUUAAAAUGAGGUAGUGUUGAUACAUGUUUUAGCAAAUGUUGUUUUCUUAUUCUUUAGAAAGAGUCAGUAUCACUACUACUUUCACUCAUAUAAAAAGGAAGGUGACGCAGAUGAAGCAAAAAGUAUUAACUGGCCUAUUAUCUAGAUUUAAAAGCAUCAUGGUAUGCAGAAGUGUAUGACUAUCCAUCUCCAGACAUUCACUGGAGUCUUUCUUAGAAGUUAAAGUAGGUGUUUCAUGAACUCAUAGAAACAUUUCGCUAAUAAGCACUUGUGCAAAGGGCCAACAGGAUGUGUAGACCCUUCUUUCCCAGGUCUGCCUUCUGUUUUUUCCCUCUUUUGUGUGUUCCCUUCUGUAGUAUUCUGCAGAAUGUAUAUUAUAUCUAUUUUUUGUAAACAAUCUUAUUCUUGCUGUUUCUGCUUUGGCUCUUCUUACCCUUGUAACCUUCUUGUUCUCAUUGACUUUUGUGAAAUUAACCUUAUACUCAAUUAUUAAAUAUAAAUUACAAGUGAAA